AUGGACUCCAACCAUCACAGAUCUGCAGAAACCUUCAUCUUUCAUAAAAACCUCAAAGUCCUGUCUGACAUGGGUCUGGCCCUGUGCAGACAGUCUCACAGCCACACGGCCAAAGUGGUUCUAGUGGGCCUGGACGGGGCGGGGAAGUCCACCCUCCUCCACCGCCUUCUUAGGGGCGAGCUGGCAUACACCACCCCCACCGUAGGCUUCAACGUGGGCUCGCUGGAGCUGGACUCUGGCCCGGAGCUGACCGUGUGGGACUUAGGGGGCCAGGGGGGAGACCACAUGGAGGAAUGCGAUGCCCUGCUGUUUAUGGUGGACGGGGUAGAGCAGGUACGGACUGGGGAGGCUAGGGCGGCGUUGGGGAGAGUGCUGGGGGAUGAGAGGGUGAGGGGAGUCCCCCUAAUGGUGCUGGUUAAUAAGAUGGACCUCCCAGAGGCGAUGGGGCUCCAGGAGGGGACGGCGCUCACAACGGCCUGGGUGGGGCUGGAGCAGUGCUGGGAUAGAGACUGGGAGGUGCAGGGAUGCAGCGCUCACAACGGCCUGGGGCUCCAAGAGGCCCUGGACUCUUUGGCCACACUCUUCAGAAAGCGCUGA